AUGUCCAAAGAUAUCGAAGAGAAGAGGCUGAAGAAGGAGAAGAAGGACAAGAAGGAAAAGAAGGAAAAGCGCGCAGAGACAGAUGGCGUGUCCAAGAGCAAGAAGGACAAGAAGGAGAAGAAGAUCAAGGGCGAUGUCGAGAUGGUAGACGCGCUCGAGGCUGAGCUGGAGAAGGAACCAGAGGUCUCCAUGGUCAACGUCGUAGACGGCGACGCCGAGCCAAGCGGCGCACUCGUCCCCUUUGCGUUCCCUCUUGCAGACAACGACAAGGAGGUCAAGAAGAUCCUCAAGACCGUCAAGAAGUCUAACAUUUCUCCUACCGCAGCCGCCAAAUCCAAGACCCUCCGUCGUGGUGUAAAAGAAGUCGUAAAAGCGCUGCGCAAAUCUGCCGCCUCAAGCGCCGGUACUCUGAGCGACCCCAGUGCCAUUGUCGUCAUCGCCGCUGAUAUCUCGCCCAUGGACGUCAUUGCGCAUAUCCCCGUUCUUUGCGAAGACCACAAUGUUCCGUACAUCUACAUCAAGAGCCGCGCGCAGCUUGGCGAGGCCAGCGCAACGAAGAGGCCCACCAGCGUGGUCAUGAUUGGCAAGGAGAGGAUGGGCAAGAAGGCAGGCGAGGGCGAUGAGGAGUUCACCGAGGCGUACGGAGAACUUGUCAAGGUCGUUGGCAAGGCCGCGAAGACUGUCAGGAAGUAG